CUGGCUCUAAACACACAGAAGAAGAAAAAAAACACAAGAAGCAUAAGAAGAGCUACAUUCUUGACGGGAGAUUCAACAAGGGAAGGAAAAUGUCGUUAAUAAACUUUUUACCCAUGCCAACUCAGCUGUCUCAAGACCAGCUUGAGGCAGAAGAGGCGGCUCAUUCCCGUUCCACAGCACUGGUUGUAAGUUGUAGAGACCCUCCUCCGUAUGGGUCCCGAAAAGGUUGGGUGCCGCGCAGUACUGAGGACUUCGGUGAUGGUGGUGCAUUCCCGGAGAUCCAUGUGGCCCAGUACCCACUUGAAAUGGGCAGAAAGAAAAAAACCUCCAACGCCCUUGCCUUACAGGUGGAUGCGGAGGGCAAGGUUAAAUAUGACGCAAUUGCCCGUCACGGCCAGGGAAAGGAUAAGGUCAUAUUUAGUAAAUACACAGAUUUACUUCCGAAGGAAGUGCUUCAUGAUGAUGCACCUGAACUGCAGAGACCUGAUGAGGAGGCUGUUAAAGAGCUAACAGAAAAGACCAGAGCUGCUCUAGACAAACAGGUGUCUCAGAAGAUCGCUGCUGCCAUGCCUGUACGAGCAGCAGAUAAACAAGCCCCGGCUCAGUACAUACGAUACACACCUUCACAGCAGGGUGUGGCAUUUAACUCUGGUGCCAAGCAAAGGGUCAUCCGUAUGGUGGAGAUGCAGAAAGAUCCGAUGGAGCCGCCACGCUUUAAGAUUAAUAAAAAGAUUCCUCGUGGCCCUCCUUCUCCUCCUGCUCCUGUCAUGCACUCUCCAAGCAGAAAGAUGACUGUAAAAGAACAACAGGAGUGGAAGAUUCCUCCUUGCAUUUCCAACUGGAAGAACGCCAAGGGUUACACAAUACCACUGGACAAGCGCCUGGCUGCUGAUGGAAGAGGUCUUCAGACGGUUCAUAUCAAUGAGAAUUUUGCCAAGUUAGCUGAGGCUCUCUACAUUGCAGACAGAAAGGCACGAGAAGCUGUGGAGAUGCGUGCUCAGGUGGAAAAGAAAAUGGCACAAAAGGAAAAGGAGAAGAAGGAAGAGAAGCUCAGGGAACUGGCAAAGAUGGCCCGAGACAAGAGAGCAGGGAUCAAGGGUCACGGAGACAAAGGUGGUGAAGACGGUGAGGUCAGGGAGCGUGACGAGAUCCGACAUGACCGGAGAAAGGAGCGGCAGCAUGACAGGAACAUCUCAAGGGCCGCCCCUGAUAAGAGGUCUAAACUGCAGCGGGACCAGGACAGAGACAUCAGUGAGAUGAUUGCGCUGGGUCAGCCCAAUACUCGUGUCUCCAGUGAGGCUCAGUAUGACCAGCGCCUCUUUAACCAGAACAGGGGAAUGGACAGUGGCUUUGCAGGAGGAGAGGACGAGAUAUAUAAUGUUUAUGACCAACCGUUUGGGAGAGGCAGAGACAUGGCACAGAACAUCUACAGGCCCAGCAAGAACACCGGCAAGGAUCUAUAUGGAGAUGACUUGGACACCCUCAUGCAGAGCAACAGGUUUGUUCCUGAUAGGGAGUUUUCUGGUACGGAUCACGGCCCACGUAGGGAUGGACCUGUUCAGUUUGAAGAAGAUCCUUUUGGUCUGGACAAGUUCUUGGAAGAGGCCAAACAGCACGGUGGCUCCAAGAGACCAUCAACCGCUGGGCGCUCAAAGGACUAUGAUCAUGACAAGAAACGCAGGAAGGAGUGAGCAGCAGUUCAAGUACCUGUUUAGGAUUUAGACCAGGUUUUAAAGUCAACCCACAGUGGGAGCCUCCUUUAUUAAUAGCACCUGGCAUUUCAUGUCAUGUUCCAAAUAUCUUUUGUCUAUCAAACACGAUGGUUUUAGCGCAAAUGUAAAUACAUGGAGCCAGUAACUAUAUUACUGAAUUCAUGAUUUAGGAAGUGACAGACUUGGCAACAUCCCUCAUUCUUUUUUUCUUUUCUUGAUUGAUUUUGUAACAUAUAAGUUUAUAAGUUGUAAUAAGUUUUCUAGCCAAGGAGGUUGUGUGCAUAACUUCUGUAUUUUUAACAGUGUCCUAUUUCCUGGUCUGUUUAUUUGAUUAUUAUUUUUGUCUGAUUUAUCCAAGUGUUGUGUAAACAUCCAGUGAAAAUGUCUUCUGUUAAAAAAAUAAAUCUGUAAUAUUCA